GACGGACGCCACUCGCGCCCGCCCAAAAUUUGCGAAUUCAGAGGGGAAGGCGGUUCAAAGCUGCCAGGCCAGUCCGCCUCCGCCGCUCUCAAAUUCAUUGCUUUCCCGCUCCUCCCUCCGCACCCAUUUUGCCUCACUCUCUUCUCUCCACGCUACUGCCUGCACCACCCCGCCAUUGGAGCUCUACAACUAAUCAAACAGCGCAAGGUCGAGACUGGAUUCAUGCUUUGGAAAUUGUGGUAUUUGCUUUCUUCAAAAUAUAAUUAAAACUGUGCCCUGAUUUCGACAAUGGCGGAUAUCAACUCUUCCGACGGAUUUCCCAAAUCGAGGGCAGUUUUGGGUGAAAUCACCAAUCUGCCAACUAAAAGAGGGUUUCUGGACAUAGAAGACCGUGGAGUUAAGAGAUCGAAAUUAAGUGAAAGCCAGUCUGUGAAAAGAAGCCUUGUUGAACCUAAUCCAUGCACAGAUGUCCGUCCUAUGAAUAAGAAUUUGUUGAAUUUGUCCAAUGACAACAGUGAUGCCAAGUUGUUUGGGCUUGGGUUUGAUUUUUCAGUGGGAAGCACAAAAGAAUGUAAUGGGAAUAAGUUCACAGAUGUUCCGCAUUUUGGUGGAAAAGCUGCUGAGUGUCAUGCUUUCAAAAUGGAUGAACAUGAGGUGUGCAGUCCGAAUUUUGACGGUCCUUAUAAAACAGGUCUUGGAGCGGGAAGAGCUGCGUUGAAAAUGGAUGGUGUCCAGAAUAUAGUUAUGAUGAAGAGCAAUGAUGUUUCAACAGCUGCUGAAGUUUUGACUAAGGGGAAAACAGGCGUGAAUUUGAUCAAUCCAGCCAUGGGAGAUGCUCUUGAGUUAGCUAGUGUUGAGACUAGUGACAAGUUUGGAGAGAGCUGUCAUGUUCCUGCUGAUAGUUCAAGAACAGUGAGUGAAAAUGGCGGUGAUGGCUCCGGUUUCCAUGGGGGGAACGAACUUGAUGCUUAUGAGUCCAAAGUCAUUCAUACAGACUAUCACACUGAUGGAGAUGAUCAUGGUGCUGACAAUUUUUACUCGAUUCAGAUGGGAUCAACUGACUGCAUGAUUCUACCUGAGUCGCAGGAAUCUAGAGUGUUUGGAGUGGAAACACCCAUAGAAACAAAGAAACGUGAGGAAUGUGCUGAUGGGAAUGACUCUGUGAAAGCUUGCUCUUGUUCCUUCUGCAGUAAAGCUGCAUAUAUAUGGCUAGAUGUCAACUACCAAGACAUGAAGGAACGGAUUUCAGCAAUGAAAAAGAGCCAGAAAAAUGCAACCACAUUGGCUGAACAAACUACCUGGCACAAGACAAUUGAUAAGCAUGGCGCUGAAAGCUACACAGGUCCUGUUGUUUCCGACUUAGCAGGCAAUCUGAUGCAUCGUUGGAGAUCCCUCUUUCAGGGUGUCGGCGACUUACUCAAGGAAGAGAUCAACCACCUGGAGGCGAGGCUGCAGCCGCUGACUGAGUUGAGGGGAAAGCACAGUGAUGGGACCAAUGCUGCAUUGGCUGGACAGCAAUGAAACUUAACAUUCGUAAGUCGAAUAGCUUUUCUUACACACCUUUACUAGAUUUGCUUAAGUCCUUGAGUUUCUAAAUGCUUGCCAUAUCAAGUUGUUGUUGUUGUUGUGUUAUUGUUGUUCAAUAGGAUCUUUUAAGAUUAUGUUUUGCUUUCCAAGAUUUUAUUUUAAUAUAUAU